AUGCUGAAUUUUAUAAAAUGGUUAAUUGCCUAUUUCAUUUUAGUCCAAACAACUGCUUUUAGUAUCAAGGAGAGGCAUAGUCGCUAUUUAUUUUUAAAUAACUACAACCCAAUUUUCAAAAAGAGAGUAACACAACAUAAUAUAAACAAAUCUCAUCGUUUAAAUUUAAAAAAGAGAUUAGAUCCAAAUAACAAAUAUACAGUAUUAAAAAGGCAUGAAGCUAAGAUUCAAAGAAAUUUAAAGAGAAAAUAUCUUAUUGAAAAAUACAAGGAAAAACGGGCAUUGCUAAAAAAAUAUAUAUCAGAAGCCUCAUCUCCUAUUGAAUAUGUUUAUUGGAAGUAUAAACUAUCUUCCUUGCCAAGGGAUUCAUGCCCUGUUAGGUUUAGGAACCGAUGUGCAAUUACAGGACGAGCAAGAGGAUAUUAUAAAUUUUUUGGCCUGUGUAGACAUCAAGCACGGGCUUUAAUCCAAAAAAUGUUUUUUCCAGGUUUUGUUAAAGCAAGUUGGUAG